AGCCGAAGUGUCUUGAACAGCUAGGUAAUUGUUUCAUAUUUUGGUUCAGUCUUGCAAUUCUAUAAUCAAAAUGUCUUAUCACGGUAGCAAUGACAAUCAUACAUUCCGUGUAAACGUGCGUCUACAUAGAUUCGGAACAAACUUUUCGGGCUCCUUUCCGGACUUAAGUCGCCCUGAGCCAAUUGGAUUUUAUAGUGUUAACGAAUCACGAGAGUUCCAGGACAAUGCCAAAAAUUCGAGUUUCCUUCGCUUGCCACAUCCUAGCAAAAUGCCACUAGAUCUCAAUGCUGGCAUUAAGAAUGUGCAACGUAAAAGCGUUGACCCCGACUACCUCGACAUAUACCACAUCUGCCAAUAUAUAUACAACCAUCAAGAGCACCUGCGCACCUCGUCCACAGGGCGAAUGGAGUUGCUAGCUGAUUUCGUCACUUUACGCGGUGUACUUCGUCAGAUUAUGUGUACGCCAUACCAAAGGAAUCGUGACUAUCGCCUUAUGGCAACAUGCCUAAACGGUACAACUUACAUAUCCAAGGUAGAAACUAGUGAGCAGCGCAUCGAAUCCCAACAGAUGACACGCCAUCAACAGGACAUGUGCUCUUGGGGCUUUAAAUUCGAGCAAUACUGCACAACGCCACAACCUGACAGAUCACCUGUUACAUGUACUCCCGUAAAUGAAUCAAAAGAGUUCGCCUGUGUCUAUCGAACCAAACUAAAUGGACUGUGUCUAAUCUACGGCGCUGAGAUGGACUGCAUCAAAAGUGAUGUCUAUGUCGACCUCAACGAUCCGGAACAACUUCGCUUAGCAGAGUUCAUAGAGCUUAAAACAUCUGCCUACAAAAUGACACAGAAGCAACAGCAUACCUUUGAUAAUUACAAGAGUCUGAACUGGUGGAGUCAGUCGUUUUUGGUUGGCAUUGACACGAUUAUAGCUGGAUUACGGGAUGACAAUGGGCUCGUUCAUGAUAUUAAAGAAUAUAGCGUGCGGGAACUAUACCGCCAUAAGCCCUGGAGUCCAGCAGCCAUGACCACAUUCCUGUCAAAUUUUCUGCACGAGCUCAAGUCACUGAUGCAUCGUAUUAAGGACAGUAACGCUGUUGUCAUAAUCGACUACAAAGCGGGCCGAAAUAAGAUACAGUACUCCGUGCGACGCGGUCCAGAUGUGAAGCCUAUAUUACCUGAAUGGUAUCGCCAAAUGAUGCAAGAUAGCCAGGGAACUCCCACUUUGCUGCCGGCUCAAGGCUUUGAUCCGGUUAAAGAUGCGCACGACUUGCGUAAAGCGAUGAAAGGAUUUGGCACAGAUGAGGAUAAGCUCAUCGAGAUCAUAUGUCGUCGUAACAAUGAACAGCGCCAGGAGAUCCAGCGCCAAUAUAAAACUCACUUUGGCAAGGAUCUCAUUGAAGACAUAAAAUCGGAGACUAGCGGCAAUUUUCAAAAGCUUCUCGUUGGCCUAUUACGUCCAAUAGUGGACUACUAUUGUGCUGAGUUGAACGAUGCUAUGGCCGGCCUGGGCACCGAUGAGGAAGUGCUCAUUGAAAUUCUGUGCACGUUGUCCAAUGUUGAAAUUCAUACUAUUAAAAAUCAAUAUUUACGCUUGUAUGGCGCACAUUUAGAGUCAGAGCUUAAAUCGGAGACUUCCGGCAAUUUUAAGCGUUUGCUCACUUCGCUUUGCGCUGCGGCGCGGGAUGAGAGCGGUCGUGUGGACCCUAACAAGGCAAAAGAAGAUGCCCGGGAGCUUCUCAAGGCAGGUGAACUGCGUGUAGGCACCGAUGAGAGCAUGUUCAACAUGAUACUUUGCCAAAGGAACUAUCAGCAAUUGAAAUUUAUAUUUCAAGAAUACGAGAGCGUAACUGGACACUCUCUGGAGAAGGCGCUCAAAAAAGAAUUCUCUGGCGAUAUUAUGGAGGGCUUAAUCGCCAUCUACAAGUGUGUGACAAACAAGGCAGAAUAUUUUGCUUCGCGCUUACAUAAGUCAAUGGCUGGCAUUGGCACCAACGACAAACAGUUGAUACGCGUCAUCAUAACACGCUGCGAGAUUGAUUUGGCUGACAUUAAAGGGGCCUUCGAGCGUUUGUAUGGUAAAUCGUUAAAGAGUUGGAUAAAGGGUGACACGUCUGGACAUUACAAGCACGCUCUUUAUGCAUUGGUGGGAGAACAGCGCUCAUCUUAAAUUAAUAAAUAA